AUGAAACAAGCAACCAAAACCUUCAUCCACUCACCACCGACAAAAUCCGACCCGCGCCAUGCAGAAUACCUGGAAAAUUUUGCCCAACUUUUCGCCACCGUAUUAAAGCAUGGUGAGGAGAAAGUAGCUUUGGCCACGCAGACUUAUGAUUUGGUGGAUAAGCAUAUUCGUAAAUUGGAUGAUGAUUUGGCUAAAUUUGAGGAAAGACAGUUGGCGUUGCCGCCGAGGAUUCCUCACGCUUGGGGGCCUGUACAGCAGCAGCAGCAGCAACAUCAACAUCAGCAGCAACAUCAACAGCAGCAGCAACAGCAGCAGCAACAGCAAACCAUGCAGCAGAUGCAGCAG